AUGAUGGUAAAACAGGAGGAACCGCUGAAUGAGAUUAGUCCGAAUACUCCGAUGACUAGCAAGUCCUACCUUUUAAACGACACGCUUUCGAAAGUACAUCAUAGUGGCCAAACUAGACCACUGACCUCGGUGUUGUCUGGAGACGCCUCAUCCAAUUCUAUUGGCAUACUAGCAAUGCAUAAUAACAUAAUACGUGACUUUACAAAAAUUGCAAGCAAUAACAUAGACUUAGCCAUUGAGGAUAUUACCACUGUUGACCAUUCAUUAAAUUCAAUAUAUAGCCUAUUGAAGAGCCAUCACAUGUGGGGCCAUAUAAACUCCACUGUUAAACAACAUUUGAUGAUAAUUGUUAAACUAAUAAAUAAUAACGCAUUAGGAUUGGCCUCCUCUGAAAUUAUUUUUCUUUUCAAUGAAACGAAUUUAUUUCAAGCUCAUAGUCUGAAAAACAUUCUUCUAGCAGACUUCAGUACGUGGAACGACUACUAUCUUUCAAAUCUGAAAAUAUUAGCGCUGCAGAUUAUACUGAAAAGAAAGCUAGUAGACGAAUACUUACCGCAUAUAUUAGAACUAUUUUCCCAUGAUAAAAGAUAUCUUUUGAAAGACCCUAACCUCAAAGCUCACGCUCUCACAAAAAUCGUGCUGAGCUUUUUUUCUGUCACGACGAGUUGCAAAGUUCUAUUCGGGCUAAAAUUUCUACAAUAUAUCAAACAGUUCAAAUUACCUUUUAAAAAGUUCAUUAGCAACAUUACCGUCGAGUGUUUUAGCAAAAACCUUCUUCAUAAAAAUUAUUUGGAGAUGGGACCUAAUAAAAUAUAUUUAAAUUCAUUUUACUUAUCCUAUUCCAUGCUGUACGAUGGAUUGGAUAAAAUAAUGCUUCUAGACAUUUUAAGUUACGAAGAAACUACUGAGGUACAAAGAGCGAUAAAAAGUAAAAAAGAAUUCAAUGAAUACUGCAACAUGAGUGAAAACCGUCUUCUCUGGUCCUGUAUAUCUGUCGAUGAUUUGAACGUAAUACUCGAAAAUGCAACGAAUUUUCUACAAAAUAAAGGGAAACAUAUAUCCGCAACAUUAAAAUGUUUAGUCUGUCUUUGGUCUACUAUUCGCCUAGAGGGAUUACCUAAAAAUAAGGAUAUAUUGAGGCAGUUUGAUUGUACUGUUAUUUAUAUCAACUCAAAUAUUAAAUCCAUUAAUGACGAAUCUGCGGCGGCAUUAUUAUCCGAACUUCUGGGAGUUUUAUCAGAAAUUUGUAUCGAUUAUAAAGAGCCUAAACGACUGUCAAAUAUUAUCAGUGUCCUUUUCAAUGCUUCUGUUUUAUUUAAGAGUCAUUCGUUUUUGUUAAAGACUGCUAAUUUGGAAAUCUCAAAUGUUUUAAUCAGUAAUGAUUCAAAAACAUCUCAUCGUACUAUACUGAAAUUUGAAAAAUUUAUAUCUAGUGCUCAGAGUGCCCAGAAAAAAAUUGAAAUCUUUUCCUGUUUGUUCAAUGUAUAUUGCAUGCUACGAAAUGAUACGCUAUCAUUUGUUUUUGACUUUUGCCAAAAUGCAUUCAUUCAUUGCUUUACACGCCUAAAAAUCACAAAAUUCAUCGAGUUUUCAAACAGUUCAGAAAUUAUGCUUUCAGUACUGUAUGGAAAUUCAUCUAUCGAAAACAUUCCUUCCGAAAAUUGGUCACAACUAAGCAGAAUGAUAUUUUGCUCACUGAGGGGUAUCUUUGAUUUGGAUCCUUUAGAGCUAAAUAAUACGUUUGAUAAAUUACACUUGCUCAACAAAUAUGAGCUAUUAAUACGAAUAGUGUACCUAUUGAACCUGGACAUGAGUAAACACCUGACAACGAAUCUAUCGAAAAUAACUAAGCUGUACAUAAACAAAUGGCUACAAAAAUCAGAUGAAAAGGCCGAGAGAAUAUCGUCAUUUGAAAUGGACUUCGUUAAAAUGCUAUUGUGCUACUUGAACUUUAAUAAUUUUGAUAAGUUAUCCAUUGAACUUUCACUCUGUAUUAAAUCAAAAGAAAAGUAUUACUCCAGUAUUGUGCCUUAUGCCGACAAUUAUUUGCUAGAGGCUUAUCUGAGCUUAUAUAUGAUUGAUGAUGCCCUCAUGAUGAAGAAUCAACUACAAAAAACAAUGAAUUUAUCAACGGCGAAAAUAGAGCAGGCGUUAUUACAUGCAAGUUCUUUAAUAAAUGUCCACUUGUGGGACUCUGACUUGACAGCGUUUCAAAUAUAUUUUGGAAAAACACUGCCUGCUAUGAAGCCUGAAUUAUUUGAUAUCAAUAACGACCACAACCUACCCAUGUCACUUUACAUCAAAGUCAUACUUUUGAACAUAAAAAUUUUUAAUGAAAGCGCGAAAUUAAAUAUUAAAGCUGGUAAUGUUAUAUCCGCAGUAAUUGAUUGUAGAAAAGCACAAAAUUUAGCAUUAUCGUUGCUCAAAAAGAAGAACAAAUUGUCACAAGGAUCCAGGCUAGCAUUACUAAAAAGUCUAUCGUUUAGUUUUUUCCAACUCAUUAAAAUACAUAUACGCAUUGGUUCUGCCAGAGACUGUGAGUUCUACAGUAAAGAACUGUCUAGAAUUAUUUCUGACUUAGAGGAACCUAUUAUCGUCUACAGAUGUCUGCAUUUUCUUCACAGAUACUAUAUGAUUACAGAGCAAACCUGUCUUCAAAAUAUAACUUUGGGAAAAGCCAAUAAGGCAUUUGAUUAUCUUGAUGCUGAGGCAGACAUUACAAGUUUGACAAUGUUUCUGUAUGAUAAUAAGGAAUUUGUAAAGUUAGAGCAGUCGUUGGUCCUAUAUUUCGGUGACCAGCUAGAAAAAACAUUCCUACCUAAUUUGUGGAAGCUUCACUUGGGUAAGGAUAUUGACGACAGCAUUUGUCUGUCCGAAUAUAUGCCCAAAAAUGUAAUCAAUAGAGUACACAAUAUGUGGCAAAAAGUAAUGAGCCAAUUGGAGGAAGAUCCUUUCUUCAAAGGUAUGUUUGAAUCUACCCUUGGGAUUCCCUCUUCUCUGCCUGUUAUUCCUAGCACGAUGCCCAACAACAUUUUAAAAACUCCUUCCAAGCAUAGUACAGGAUUGAAGCUUUGCGAUUCACCAAGAUCGUCGAGCAUGACGCCUAGAGGUAAGAAUAUAAGACAGAAAUUUGAUAGAAUUGCUGCUAUUAGUAAAUUAAAACAGAUGAAAGAACUUUUGGAGAGUUUGAAACUAGACACAUUAGAUAAUCACGAACUGUCCAAAAUUUCCUCCCUUUCUUCAUUAACUCUGACUAUCCUUUCAAACAUAACUAGUAUCCAUAAUGCUGAGAGUAGUUUGAUAACUAAUUUUUCGCUAACUGACUUGCCAAGGCAUAUGCCUUUGUUAUUCGAUAAGGUAUUGAAUAAUAUUGAUAAUAAAAAUUACCGAGAAUUUCGCGUUUCAUCACUAAUAGCUCCGAACAAUAUAUCCACAAUUACAGAGAGUAUUAGAGUAUCUGCCGCCCAGAAGGACUUAAUGGAGAGCAACCUUAAUAUUAAUGUUAUAACUAUUGACUUCUGUCCCAUAACUGGAAAUUUACUUCUAUCCAAAUUAGAACCGCGACGUAAGAGAAGGACGCAUUUAAGGCUACCGCUAAUACGAUCUAAUUCAAGAGACCUCGACGAAGUUCAUCUCUCAUUUCCGGAGGCUACAAAAAAACUACUUUCUAUUAUCAAUGAAAGCAACCAAACGACGUCAGUGGAAGUUACCAACAAGAUUAAAACAAGAGAAGAAAGAAAAUCUUGGUGGACCACAAGAUAUGAUUUGGAUAAAAGAAUGCAACAAUUGUUGAAUAACAUUGAAAAUAGUUGGUUCAAUGGCGUUCAAGGGUUUUUUAGCCCUGAAGUAGUCGACAACUCGUUAUUUGAAAAAUUUAAAGAUAAAUUUUACGAAAUUCUGCAUCAAAAUCUUCCUUCCAGAAAACUCUAUGGCAAUCCGGCAAUGUUUAUAAAAGUUGAAGAUUGGGUAAUCGAAUUGUUCUUGAAACUUAAUCCGCAAGAAAUCGAUUUUCUUUCGAAGAUGGAAGACCUGAUAUACUUUGUUCUUGAUAUUCUUCUCUUCCAUGGUGAAGAAAAUGCUUACGACGAAAUUGAUUUCAGCAUGCUUCACGUGCAGUUAGAAGAGCAAAUAAAGAAAUAUAGGGCAACUAUGACAACUAAUAGUAUAUUUCAUACAUUUUUAGUCGUUAGCAGUUCAUGCCAUUUAUUCCCUUGGGAGUGUCUUUCAUUUUUGAAAGAUUUGUCUAUCACACGUGUUCCGUCCUAUGUUUGUCUGAAUAAACUUUUAUCGCGUUUCCAUUACCAACUACCCCUUCAAGUAACUAUUGAGGACAACAUUAGUAUGAUAUUAAAUCCGAACGGAGAUUUGUCCAGGACUGAAUCUAAAUUCAAGGGUAUGUUCCAAAAAAUAAUCGAUGCAAAACCUUCCUCUCAAUUAGUGAUGAACGAGAAGCCGGAAGAGGAAACACUUUUGAAAAUGCUGCAAAAUUCUAACUUAUUCGUUUAUAUAGGGCAUGGCGGAGGUGAACAAUAUGUAAGGAGUAAGGAGAUUAAGAAAUGCACCAAAAUUGCCCCCAGCUUUUUACUGGGCUGCUCUUCAGCAGCGAUGAAAUAUUACGGCAAGUUAGAACCUACUGGAACAAUCUAUACUUAUUUGCUGGGAGGAUGCCCUAUGGUACUAGGUAAUCUGUGGGAUGUAACUGACAAAGAUAUUGAUAAAUUUAGCGAGGAACUUUUUGAAAAGAUGGGAUUUCGCUGUAAUACUGACGAUUUGAAUGGUAAUAGCCUAUCUGUUUCAUAUGCCGUCUCUAAAUCUAGAGGUGUAUGCCAUCUACGUUACUUGAACGGCGCAGCUCCUGUUAUUUAUGGGUUACCGAUCAAGUUCGUAUCAUAA